AUGUACGCGGCUACGUACCUUAAGAUUGAUGCAAGUCUAACUGCCAUUGAGACUCUGAUCGACGAGCCGAUCUUUGCGGAAGCCACCGCAGAGGCUGAGCAGGAUGCAGGUGGUGUGGUGGGGAGAGGUAAAAAAGCUGAGAAGGGGGAUGACGACGGUGAUGACAAAUUGCUUACAAUUUCGUGGAAUUACUACACGAAUAGCGAGCGAGCUGCUGGUCAUCCUCAAGGGCAUAGCUGCUGCGUCUCCUCAGGCUAUGAUUUGAAUCGCGUGCUCCGCUAG